AAAACCAACUCCCGUCUUCGGAAAAAGAAAAAAACGGUACUCGCCCAACCCGAUCCGAUCCCCAAAUUCCCCACAUUUCAUGGCGGCGAGCCUGUGGCGGGCGGUGAUGGGCACCGGCGCGUCGCCCGCGGACGCCGACUCCGCGGGCGGCGUGGAGUUCUGGCGCGCCCCGGAGCGCGGGGGGUGGCUGACCAAGCAGGGCGAGUACAUCAAGACGUGGCGGCGGCGGUGGUUCGUGCUGAAGCAAGGGAAGCUCUUCUGGUUCAAGGACUCGGCCGUCACGCGCGCCUCCGUGCCCCGCGGCGUCGUCCCCGUCGCUUCCUGCCUCACUGUCAAGGGCGCCGAGGACGUGCUCAACCGCCCGUACGCCUUCGAGCUCUCCACCCCGCGCGAGACCAUGUACUUCAUCGCCGACUCCGAGAAGGAGAAGGAGGAGUGGAUCAACUCCAUCGGCCGCUCCAUCGUCCAGCACUCCUGCUCCGUCACCGACGCCGAGGUCGUCGACUACGACAGCCGCCCAUCCACCGCCGCCGGCGACAGGUGAUCGAUUCUUCGGUUGAUUGGUGAGCUAGAGGACCGGUGACACCUGUAACUCUUCAGCAUCUUUAUGUUACUUCUUUAGGUUUUGCAGUUGUGUCUUCUUGUUUCAUGGAUAUGAUCUGUGCAUUUGUAUAAUAUUGAUGUCAUCGGGUAAUAAUAAUUUGGGAUCCUGAUGUAUAGCGUGCUCUCUGUUACAGUACCAUGGAUCGGUUCUCUCUUUGUAAUUUGUAACUUUCUCCAAUGCCGUUUGAUUUGUUUGGUCAAUUAAUUUAUAUUUGGUUGUUUCAGUUUU